AUGAAUGAUACGACCGUUGUCAUUAGCAGGCAGGCUAAAGAGCCAAGGAACGCUGGCCUGUUCACAUUUAGCAAUGGGAUGCAAAUUAUUCCUUACCUUAUCGGCCGCCAUAUCCUCCAUUUGGUUGUAGGUGUCAGGUUGCGUUGGAUCCGCUGUCCCUCAACAGUCCCUCCAAAGCUAGAACUUCUUCCGCCAGACUUCUCGAGAAGAACCUCACCGUACCGUGGUACACUUGAUCGUGUACACCAGAAGAGUACGGCGGUACCUCAUCCGGGGUUCACUAGCCGAGACGGGACACUGUUACUAUUCCCGACAAGGACGGCCUCCCACAGAUCCAGACGCACCAGAUAUAGACGCCUACUAGUCACUUUCUUUUCCCGAAUCCUUUAUCAUCGGGUUCAACCCAGAGCUCUCCCCGACCAGAGUAUGGCGUGCUAUCGAGAAAGGCCACGAUAUCUGAACGAACCCGAUGCGGUGUUCCAUCGCCGAAGCCCAUUUGGUCGGGACGUCAAGAAGAACCCCCGUCCUAGAUGUGACGGAUAA